GCGCCUCUGUUUUCCGCAGCGGUCCGAGUUUUGUCCAUGUAAAUAGAGAAAUGUCGCAUUCCCCGGACUCCCACAGCCUACUCUCUGCCUCUUCCCAGCUUAACCUGAUGGAAGUGGACUCGAUUGAUGAUAAGGAGUUUGACAUUCCACAAGUGGAUACACCUCCCACACUGGAAAGCAUUCUCAACGAGCUGGAGGAUGAGGAGGAGCCGUUCGUACUGGAGGACACCUGCAUCCUAAACACAGACAACAUGGAUGCUCACUCCUGUGAGACCUCCUCUCUGGCCAGCUCUGACAGCGGAGACCCAUCACACCUGAAACGGCAUGCUUUAGUUGGAGAAAAGGCUUGUUACCAAUCAGUCUCGAGCUACGCAGGACAGAUUGUGUAUUUGGGCACCAAGUCCGCUCACAUUAUGACUCUACGCAACUGGAGAGAGCGUAUUGACUGUUUGAUGAAGCAGGAACAUUUUGUUGAAGCCCUCUCUUUGGCCUGGUCCUUUCACGAGGGAGCUGCUAAGGCUGUGGUUGGCCUGUAUGGAGAUUCCCUGAAGAGGAAGGCAGUGGUCAGUGACAAGAUGAUCGAGAUCCUUUUCCAGUUUGCUGAGCAUGCUCUGAAAAAGUGUCCAGAACAAGGCAAAAUCCAAGUAAUGGAGCAACAUUUCCAGGCAGAGCCCAUCCACCUUUCAGAGAAGGCUUAUUUCCGCCUCUUUGACCUCCUCUUUAACCAGCUGUAUUCGCGGCUGGUAGAGAACAUGGUUGCUAAAGCUGUGUUCUUGGAGUCACUGGAGUCGUACGUUGUCGCUGAUCGUGUUGGACACCUCACUCCAGCCAUUAUGAGGGACCUCCUUGACCACUACCAUAGUAACGGUAUGAUGGACAGUCUGGAGAGAUGCAUCGUCCACCUAGAUGUUACCAGCUUGGACAUACAGCAGGUGGUUCAAGUAUGUUGGGAGAACCAGCUCUAUGAUGCAAUGAUCUACGUUUUCAACAGUGGGAUGAAUGACUACAUCACUCCAAUGGAGAAACUCUUUGCAGUGAUUGGUCCAACACUUAAGGAGGGGAGGAGCCUAACAGAUGAGAACGUGGUAAUGGGGAACAAACUACUCGUGUACAUAAGCUGUUGUCUUGCAGGGAGGGCGUAUCCACUUGGAGAUAUCCCAGAAGACCUUGUGGUUCAAGUCAAGAACCAGGUUUUUGACUUCCUGAUCCGUCUCCACUCAGCUGACUCGUCCGAGGAAGAGGACGUUUUUCCAUUUAUUCGUACACUCCUCCACUUUGACACCAGGGAAUUUCUCAAUGUUCUCGCCAUGGUGAGAUUAAAAAUCUGGGUUUUUAUUUUGUUUGUUUUUGUUUGUGUUUAGCCUGGCUUGGUUUGAUGGUUUAAUGGUUUACCCAGUUGGCUGGUUUCCCCGGUUCGACUGCAGGAGGAGAUGCAAAUUCCCCUGGGAAGAUCAUCUGUCAUUAAAAUAUGGCAAACAGAGACAAUUAUGAACAUAAAGAAUCUUACAAAGACCAGUAGUGGGCAUACAGAGCAGCACAUGCAGA